UGGAGGCUCGGUUACGGCGCUGCGGGCGGAGUGCUGCUGCUGCUGCUGAUUCCUGCGUUACUCCGCGCGCUGAGAGUUUAUCGGUCAUUCAUCGGUAUUUUAUCGGUAUUAAGAGCGGGAUCCGGCGGCGCGCGGGCUCAUGCUGUAGGGUUUCUGAGCGUGCAACAUGCCGGAGAUUAAACUGAAGCACGUGGUUUCCUGCAGCACUGAGGACUCAACUCACAAGGCGGAUAACCUGCUGAGCUCCGACACGUACAGGAAGUGGAAAUCUGCCCGACCCGGGGAGAAGCAGACGUCCGUUAUCUUACAGUUCGAGAAGGAGGAGCAGGUGCACAGUAUCGAUGUGGGGAACGAGGGCUCCGCCUUCAUCGAGGUUCUGGUGGGUCACUCCACCUCCGUCAGGGAUCAGGACUUUCAGGUUCUGCUGGUGACGUCAUCGUUCAUGUCCCCGACCGAGAGCCGCAGCGGAACCAACCUGAACCGGGUUCGGUUCUUCGGGCCUCAGCAGCUGGUGAAGGCCACGGCCCAGGAGAAGUGGGACCGGGUCAAAAUCGUCUGCAGUCAGCCCUACAGCAAGAACAUCGCGUACGGAGUGUCGUUUAUAAAGUUCCACUCUCCACCCGACGGCUCUGAACCUCCCGCUGCUACUCCACCUAAGUUGACUAAACUGGGACAGUUCCGGGUGAAGGACGAGUCUCCGGCGUCCGGAUCGAACCUGCAGCCCGGCAGCCUGUUCUUCAACCGGGACGCCCCGGCUAAACCCAGCCCGGCACUGAAGGUUUCUCCUCAGAGCACUAAACUGAGUUAUGCUGCAGCUGCUCUCCAAUCAGAACCUUCCACCCAGAACCCGCCCACCACCAGCUCACCACAGGCUCCAGUUAAGAGGAAGUUCGAGUUCAGUAAGGAACGACAGGAAGCUCCGCCCCCUCCGGCUAAAAAGCCCAGCCCCUCCGUCUCUCCUCAGACAGGAUCGGCCACGCCCAGAACCAAACCUAGCUCCGCCCACACAACCAGCCCGAACCCGGCUAAGAGCAGAACCGAGAAAAAGCCGGAGAUCAAACCCAAACCCAAACCCAGAUCGGUGGAGGCGGUUCCGUUAAACCGGAUCAUGGAGGGCGUGGUGUUCGUCCUGAGCGGCUUCCAGAACCCGUUCCGCGGAGAACUGAGAGACAAAGCCCUCGCCAUGGGGGGGCGGUACCGACCCGACUGGACCCCCGACUCCACCCACCUCAUCUGUGCGUUCGCCAACACCCCGAAGUACGGGCAGGUGAAGGCGGCGGGGGGGCUGAUCGUCCGGAAGGAGUGGGUGCUGGACUGCCAUAAGAGGAAGCAGAAGAUCUCCUACAAACGGUAUCUGAUGGACGGGGCGGAGUCCAGCUCGGAGGAGAGCGGUCCUGAGGAAGAGGAUGGAAGUGAUGAAGAGGUGGAGAAGAAGAGUCCGGAGAAGAGGCCGGUCACCCCGAGGAAGAGUCCGGUUAAAUCCGCGGUGAAGGAGGAGGAAGAGUAUGGCGGCUCUACUGAUGGUCCAGAUGAAGAAGAUGAAGAGGAGGAUGGGUCUGGGAUGGACACUGAAGAUGAGCUGAGGAGGGUGGAGAUGAAGAGGAAGAAGAAGAAGGGAGGAGAAGGUGGAGGAGUGGAUGGAGGAGAGGGGGAGCGAGGAGCAGGACGAGUGGAGAGAGAGAGCGACCCGUACGGAGGAUCUACAGACGAGAACACCGACGCCGAGGAGGAGGAGGACAAACCCAUCCCUCCUUUACCAGACUUCCUGUCGGGGAAGAGGUUUUAUCUGUACGGGACGUUUCCUGAUAAUCAGCGCCGACUCCUUCAGCGCUACAUCAUCGCCUUCGACGGGGCGAUGGAGGAGUACAUGAGUGAGAAGGUUCAGUUUGUGAUCACCAGUCAGGGAUGGGACGACUCUUUUGAAGAUGCUCUGAUGGAGAACGGUAAUCUGAGUUUUGUAAAACCAACAUGGAUUUUUGCAAUUAAUGAUCGACAGAAGCUGUUACCCUACCAGCCCUACACUGUAGUACCCUGAACUACACCCUGACCUACACCCUGAACUACACCCUGACCUACACCUAAACCUAAACCAGCCCUACACUGUAGUACCCUGAACUACACCCGAAUCUACACCCUGAACUACACCCUAAACCAGCCCUACACUGUAGUACCCUGACCUACACCCGAAUCUACACCCAGACCUACAACCAGAUCUACAACCGGACCUACACCCUGUACACC